CAAAUUUUAUCGGCUUCAAAGGUUCGUUACUUGCACGUUCGUAUAUCCUCAAUGAAAUCGCUACCGAAGCUACCAUAAUCAGAUGUUCGAGGUCUUAUUUUCAUUUAAUAUCCUAUGAAAAGUUCUUUGUUUUAUUCCUUCGAUGUAUAUGCUGUAAGCGAUGCCAGAUUAUAGGUAUUUACGAGCAGAAGUUGCAGCCUUCGUUUAAUGUAAGAAACAAUCGCCAUCAUCAAGAUCAUAUCUUGACUGUUUCUGUAUGAACAAAAAGCUAAGCUUCGCGGUGCAAUGCCAUUUAUUGUAAUCUAUUUUGUUUCUAAUGGAAAUGAGGUUGAUGUCAACUUUGUCGACAUUCUGUUUCUUAUGUGAUGCCAAGUAAAUUACCAGUAAGCAAGCCUUUGGAUGAUCUCUUUUGGAGAUACAUGACAAGAACAGAGCCAGUGAUUCCAACCUUCUUAUAUACACUUCUGUUCUCUAGCAAAUGGUAAGUAAUGCUUAAGCUUAGCCGAGAGGCACAUGCCCUUGAGAAAGCAUGAAUUGGAAAUCUGGCAUCGCAGCGCCACGCUUUCUUCUGGAGUGAGAGGCUAGAAGGCAUUGGUUGCAUGAUCAGGUAAUUGGUGAUCAUACAUUGCCAUUUGGAUUGCUUUCAGUGGUUUCCAGGAUCUCAAUCUCCCACUUGUACAAGCAUCUGAUUCCACCCUCCACCAAUAAGUUUGGUUCAUGCAGAACAAUCUUUUUGAUGGAACUGUCUCAAAGCAGAGGGGCUGGGGCUGCUGCAUGGGGAGGGCUUCUUCCACAGACAGACUCGUCGCCAUCGCGUUGGGGCUCCUCGCGGUGCUGUCGCCGCUGUACGUCAACAGGAAAACGACGGUCAAGCCGGAUGAUGAAGACGACGGCAGCGGAGCUCUUCUGUCCCUGUGGCUCCCGCUGGCGCUCAUACUUCUGGUCGUCAUCAUCAACCUCGCAUGGUUCGUGGAGCGGAGGAUCGUGAGGCUCGACCCCUACUGGAUACACAGGUUCGGAGGGUCUUCCUGUGGGAUCAUGAUACUGCUCUUGGUUCUUGGAGUCUUGUUGAAAUGUAAAGCUUCUCUGGGAGGUUGAUCUUGAUGUUGCUGUCUGUUAGUUUACUGGCAUUUCGUCAAACACAUGUAGCGAAGAAGAUGGAGGAGUGUUUGUGGAAUCAACCUGUUGGGUUUUCACCCCUGGAAUGAACUGCUAAGAUUUCUGAUUGUAAUUAUGAAAAGUUGUGCUCCUCUUUCAUCA